AUGCGGCCGAUUUUCUCCGUUAUACGGAAAUCCGCCACGGGGGCUUGGGCAUCCCCGACUCGGACUGUGCGAAGCGCUCAACUACGCUCGAAGCUGGACUCUAUCUGCGCCAAAUGCCGUGGGCAGCAAUUCCGUCAGAUAUCGCAAUCGCGUCAGCUGGCUGAGAGUCUGAAUAUUGUGGAUCACCCCGCCAAACUUGUUCGCGUCAAUAAGAAGCAUGGGCCUGGUCUGAUCAUUCUGGCUCUUAUUCCUAUCAUCUCAUUUGGCCUGGGAGCGUGGCAGAUACAGCGUCUGGACUGGAAAACCAAAUUGAUCGCCAAAUUCGAGGACCGUCUCGUUAGACCACCUCUCCCGCUACCACCCCGAAUUGACCCGGAUGCGAUCUCAGAGUUCGAUUACCGCCGUGUCUACGCUACCGGUCAUUUCCGACAUGACAAGGAGAUGCUGGUUGGACCCCGCAUGCACGACGGCGAGGAUGGAUUUGUGGUUGUUACGCCACUCGAGCGAGAGGGACAGAGCACCGUGCUUGUGAACCGGGGCUGGAUUUCUCGGAAAUUGCAGAACCAGAAGGACAGACCUCAGGGACUACCACAAGGGGAGGUCACGGUUGAGGGCCUACUACGAGAGCCUUGGAAGAAGAACAUGUUUACGCCAGAUAACAAGCCGGAGGAUGGAAAGUUCUACUUCCCUGAUAUUAAUCAGAUGGCGGAGUUGAGUGGCAGCCAGCCUGUUUGGAUUGAGCAGACUAUGGUGCCUGACCUGGUCGAAUCGUAUGAUCGUGAAGCCAAGGGCAUUCCCAUUGGUCGCGCUGCAGAGGUCAACCUGAGAAAUAACCACUCACAGUACAUUUUCACAUGGUUCGGUCUGUCUUUCGCUACAUCUGUCAUGAUGUGGAUGCUCAUUCGGAAGAAGCCCAACGAGGCAAUGCGCCGAGUGCGCCAGAACCGAAACUGGUAA